AGAGACGAGGGCCCUGCCGCUUCCCAACACCGAUUGACCGUUCAGCCUUGCAGGGACCCUGAACGACACUUCGACAUGCUGGGCAUCAGCACUCGCCGAAGAGUCGUCCCAGCGCUCCUCCCACCGUCAUAGGCCGUGGAUGCUCCUCCCCUCAAUGUUGGGGUUCAGCCUGCGAUCACAGCCGUCCCGGCCGCCGCCCCCUUUUGACCCGGCCAUCGAAGCCUGGCUUGAUUCGCUGCCCCCGCCGGCCACGCGGCCCUCGAGGAGAGAACUCAGGCAAUGGCGGUUGACCGACUACCACGGCCUCGGCCGCAGCGUCUUCGUCACCUGCGUUGUCCUUAGAGCGGUUUCGCUUGCUCUCGCCCUGUCGGUAACGGGCGCCAUCGCCUCCGUCGCCUCCGGAAGGACUGCGUCGUCCGAUGUCCUUGACCGGCUCGUGCCGGCUCUCGUGGUGUGUCCUGUAGUCGCACUCUGGAACGCGGCCGAGUUCGUUACGGCAUGCCUCCUCCGUGACGGAGGGAUCUCGCCCACCAUCCACAUGUUUGUUGAUGGCAUCCUCUUCGUGUCAGUGGCCAUCAGCAUGGGGGUCCUGCUUGUGGAUAUCAUCUGCGGCAUCGGCGACUUUGGCAGCGCUUUCGACGCCGCAGCCACCGAGAUAUCCAGCGUUUGCCUCCUGGUUAUCUUGAUGGUUAUCCACUCGUUCCUCCUGUUCUUCUUCGUCUGCAACUACUUCGAGAGCGCCCGGCGGAAUGGUGGGCCCGAUGGCGGUCAUCCCGCAUCAGGACACGCCCACCUUACGGCUCCAUGGUCCCAGGUGGCACCGCCAGCGGACAAAACAGCGCUAUCACCAAGCCCCGAGCCGCCGAAGUUUGGGCACGCCAACCCAGCGGUGGAACUGGAGCAGUUUGAUACGGACACGCGUCCCCUGCACGAGCAACCUGGCUUUGCAAUCGCCGCCUCGCAGUAUCAGGCAGAAAUGGAAUGGCCGCCCGCAGUUGCCUCUGGGGGCCUUCCCCGGUAACCACCGCCAGCACCACCGCCUCGCGAGGAUCUGCUGAGAAGAACUGUGGAACGGGGAGGCUGAACCACCCCAUCCGGCAAAGACCCCGUGCUGCGGGAUGCGAGCAGAUUGCUCCCACCUGCGGAGCUGAGGAC